GUCUGCAUCAUCCUGUAGCUGGUUCUUCAUCCGUUUCCAUCUAUCUUUUCAAUUUACUAUUCUUGUAAGUCUAUUGAGAACACACUCCAACUCCUCUCUGAACUUAUCGCUCGCUCUCCUUCCCAGCCCCCUUGUGAUAACAGUGACUGAUAAGGUAUCUACACCGCUAGGUACCCUCGAAUCUCACCAUCAAUCCAUCUCCUUCUGUUAGAUUAUCCACCCCAUAAUCAUGAGGGUUCUCCCCGCUGCUUUGCUGGUCGGAGCGGCCUCUGCGGCUCUCCCCAGCCAGCCGCUCAUGGUCCAAGAGGAUGACGCCCCGGCAGAGUUCCUUGCGGAUCUUCCCGAGGACAACCUCGUCGAUGGCGCCCGAGAGACGCUCAAGGGCUUCGCGAAGCCCCUUCAUGACUUCCAGGAACAGCUGAAGAGCUUGACUGGGGAUGCCCAGAAGCUGUGGGAGGAGGUGUCCAACUACUUCCCCGACAGCAUGGACAGCAAUCCCAUCUUCUCGCUGCCGAAGAAGCACACCCGUCGCCCGGACUCCCACUGGGACCAUGUCGUCCGUGGCUCUGAUCUUCAGAGUGUCUGGGUCACUGGCUCUGAUGGUGAGAAGGAGCGUAAGGUUGAUGGCAAGUUGGAUACCUAUGAUCUGCGUGUCAAGAAGGCCGACCCCAGCGUCCUCGGGAUCGACCCCGAUGUUAAGCAGUAUACUGGUUAUCUCGAUGAUAACGAGAACGAUAAGCAUCUGUUCUACUGGUUCUUUGAGUCCCGGAAUGACCCUGAGAACGACCCCGUGGUUCUGUGGCUGAAUGGCGGUCCCGGGUGCUCUUCCCUCACCGGCCUCUUCAUGGAGCUCGGCCCCAGCAGCAUCGACAAGAACCUGAAGCCCGUGUACAACGAGUAUGCGUGGAACUCCAACGCUUCGGUCAUCUUCCUUGACCAGCCCGUCAAUGUCGGCUACUCGUACAGUGGCUCGGCCGUCUCGGACACCGUGGCCGCAGGCAAGGACGUGUAUGCGCUCUUGACCCUCUUCUUCAACCAGUUCCCCGAGUACGCGAAGCAGGACUUCCACAUCGCGGGCGAGUCGUACGGCGGCCAUUACAUCCCUGUCUUCGCGUCGGAGAUUCUGUCGCACAAGAAGCGCAACAUCAACCUGCAGUCCGUCCUCAUUGGCAACGGUCUGACCGACGGGUUGACUCAGUACGAGUACUACCGUCCCAUGGCCUGUGGUGAGGGUGGUUACAAGUCCGUCUUGGACGAGAGCACCUGCCAGUCUAUGGACAACGCUCUGCCGCGCUGCCAGUCGCUGAUCAAUGCCUGCUACAACUCUGAGAGCGCCUGGACCUGCGUGCCGGCCUCGAUCUACUGCAACAACGCUUUGAUCGGCCCGUACCAGCGCACCGGCAUGAACCCCUACGACGUGCGGAGCAAGUGUGAAGAUGACAGCAGCCUGUGCUACACGGCUAUGGGCUGGGUCAGCGACUACCUGAACAAGCCGGAGGUGCGCAAGGCCGUGGGCGCCGAGGUCGAGGGCUACGACUCGUGCAACUUCGACAUCAACCGCAACUUCCUGAUGCACGGUGACUGGAUGAAGCCGUACCACCGCCUGGUGCCCGGGAUCCUGGAGGAGAUCCCCGUCCUGCUCUACGCUGGCGACGCCGACUUCAUCUGCAACUGGCUGGGCAACAAGGCCUGGUCCGAGGCCCUCGAGUGGUCGGGCCAGAAGGAGUACGCCCCGCUGCCGCUCAAGGACCUCAAGCUGGGCGGCUCGGGCAAGGACAUCGGCCAGAUCAAGUCCCACGGCAACUUUACGUUCGCCCGUCUGUACGGCGGCGGUCACAUGGUGCCCAUGGACCAGCCCGAGGCCAGUCUGGACUUCUUCAACCGCUGGUUGGGUGGUGAGUGGGCCUAGACAGUAGGCACGGCUUGAUUAUUAGACUAGGUUUCUACUGUCUACUAGAUUCGAGAUGAUCUUUGCUUUUCCUUUCCUGUUUCUUUUUAUGUGUUUCAAUGAGUC